UGGCUGGACUUCGUCAAGCCCAGUCAUCUCUCCCUCUCUCCAUCAUCAUCAGAUAGAUAAAUCAACGAUAUCACCAUCAACGUGGCGUUUCCAUCAUCAGUCAAGGUUGAUUGGAUUCUCAAUCAAUAUUAUAUCAACCUACUAUCUAUCUUGCUUACGCUCUAUAAAACCUCGUGUGUAAGGUUCCAGGUUGAGGCUUUCCAUCACUUGUGAAGCAUCCCUUCGCGUAAUAACGACCGACGACAGGUUAGUACCACACCACCGCACUACAGAUACGACACGACACCCAACCCAUUACCAUCAUCAUGGCCGCCUCACUGUCCGCCCCAACCGUCAUGGCCGCCACACCCAUCAUCCAAAUUUGCGCCCUAGUCGAGCUUAAAGGGUCGCAAAACAUCCGCGACUGGAACCACUUUUUGCGAGUCGAGCUCGACGCAGAAGACCUGACCGAAUACGUAUUCGGUCCUGCUAGCGCCGUCCCUGAGCCCAACAAAAACCUCGACCCCGUGGCACACAAGGCCUGGAAGCUGGCGCGCGCCAAGGCCAUGCGGAUUCUGAUUUCGACGUUGAGGAGGGAGACGGUGAUUAGCAGGCUCGAGGGCUACGGCUGGGACAACGAGAACAGAGAUCCGGCUUAUGUUCGUCAGCUCGUUUGGAAGGUUUUUGGGUCUGGUGCUCCUGCCUUACCCUUGGUGUAAGAAGAGGCUGGAUGGAUCAGUGACAUGGAUGGGAGAGACGAUAAUGUCAACGAUGCCCUCAGGGUAGGCUAAGAGCAUGAUCGGAUUUUGCUAGAAUCACUUCAAACAGAUGAGAUAUGCACAAUCAGACAAAUAGGAAGCUCUAGAG